AUGACUGAUUGUUACAUAAAUCAAUACGAAUUAGUAGAAGCCGCUAAAUGUAAUGACAACGCAGAGAAAGUUGCCAAGAUACUACAAGAUAAAGUCAAAGCUUCAAACUGUUUAGAUAGGCGGGGAUGCAUUAAACGAUUGCAAGGUGAUUUGAGUGGAGCCUUAAAUGAUUUUUACAAAUCACUCAAAACGAAGUUAAAAUGGUUAAGAAGCGAAGACAUCAGUGUCAGUGACUUAUAUCAUAAAAUUGGAAACGUUUAUGAUGAUCAAGGCAAGUAUGAUGACGCUCUAUCAAUGUUUAAUAAAUCACUUAAGACUCAACUAACACAACUUGAUGAAAAUCAUCCAAGUAUUGCUAUAACAUAUAGCAAUAUUGGACAAGUCUACAAGCAUCUAGACAAGUAUGAUGAAGCUCUGUCAAUGUUAAACAAAUCACUCAAGAUUACACUAACAAAACUUAGCAAUAAUCAUCCAAGUAUCGCUAAUACGUAUAACAACAUUGGACAAGUCUAUAAUCGUCAAGGCAAAUAUGAUGACGCUCUAUCAAUACAUAACAAAUCACUUAAGAUUACACUAACACGACCUAAUGGCAAUCAUUCAAUUAUUGCUAAUACAUAUCGCGAUAUUGGACAAGUCUAUAAUAAUCAAGGCAAGUAUGAUGACGCUCUAUCAGUCUAUAACAAAUCGCUUAAGAUUACACUAACAAAACUUGGUGAUAAUCAUCCAAGUAUUGCUAACAUAUAUGACAAAAUUGGGCAAGUUUAUUGUCACCAAGGCAAGUAUGAUGACGCUCUACCAGUGUUUAACAAAUCACUCAAGACUCAACUAACACAACUUGAUGAAAAUCAUCCAAUGGAAAUCAUUCUAAUUAUUGCUAAUACAUAUCGCGAUAUUGGACAAGUCUAUAAUAAUCAAGGCAAGUAUGAUGACGCUCUAUCAGCCUAUAACAAAUCGCUUAAGAUUACACUAACAAAACUUGGUGAUAAUCAUCCAAGUAUUGCUAACACAUAUGACAAUAUUGGGCAAGUCUAUAAUAAUCAAGACAAGUAUGAUGACGCUCUAUCACUAUAUUACAAAUCUCUCAAGAUUAAGCUAACACAGCUUGGCGACAAUCAUCCAAGUAUCGCUAUAACAUAUAACAACAUCGGAAAAGCUUAUAGUGAUCAAGGCAAGUAUGAUGAAGCUCUAUCAAUGUUAAACAAAUCACUUAAGAUUAGACUAGUACAGCUUGGCGACAAUCAUCCAAGUAUUGCUGAUACAUAUAACAACAUUGCAAGAGCAUAUAAUAGUCAAGGCAAAUAUGAUAACGCUCUAUCAGUAUAUAACAAAUCACUCAAGAUUCAACUAACACAACUUGGCGACAAUCAUCCAAAUACUGCAAUAACAUACAAUGGUAUUGGAAAUGUCUAUGUUAAUUUGGGCAAGCAGGAUGAUGCUUUAUCAGUGUAUAAAAAAUCACUUAAGAUUGAACUAGCACAACCUGGUGAAAAUCAUCCAUAUACUGCUGAAAUAUAUAACAAUAUUGGGCAAAUGAAUAUUUAUCAAGGCAAUUAUGAUAGCGCUCUGUUAAUGCUGAACAAAUCACUCAAGAUUCACCUAACACGACUUGGCGAUAAUCAUCUAGGUAUAACUAAUACAUAUCACAACGUUGCAAGGGUCUAUACUCGUCAAGGCAAGUAUGAUGACGCUCUGUCAAUAUGUAACAAAUCAAUCAAAGUUUUACUAACAAAAUUUGGUGAUAAUUGUAAUCAUCCAAGAAUUGCUCGUAUAUAUAGAAAUAUUGGGGAAGUCUAUACUGAUCAAGGCAAGUAUGAUGACGCUGUAUCAAUGAUUAGCAAAUCUAUUAAGAUUGACUUAACAAAACUUGGUGAUAAUCAUCCAAGUAUUGCUAACACGUAUGGCGAACUUGGUCACGUCUAUAAAAAUCAAGGCAAGUAUGACGACGCUCUGUCAGCACUUUACAAAUCACUCAAGAUUAAACUAUCACAAGCUGGUAAAAAUUAUCUAAGUAUUUCUUUAACAUAUGACAGAAUUGGACAAGUCUAUCAUUGUCAAGGCAAAUGCGAUGAAGCUCUAUCAAUGUUAAACAAAUCACUUAAGCUUAAUCUAACACGGUUUGCUAACAAUCAUCCAAAUAUUGUUAGUUUACAUAACAAAAUUGCAAGAGUCUAUAAUCAGCAAGCCAAAUACGAUGACGCUCUAUCAAUAUUUAACAAAUCACUCAAGUUAAUACUAACACGACUUGGCAAUAAUCAUCCAAGAACUGCCGCUAUAUACAGAGAUAUUGGACAAGUCUAUAAUGAUCAAGGCAAGUAUGAUGACGCUCUAUCGGUGUAUAACAAAUCGCUUAAGAUUAUACUAACAAAACUUGAUGAUAAUCAUCCAAGUAUUGCUAGUACAUAUGACAAUAUUGGGCUAGUCUAUAAUAAACAAGGCAAGUAUGAUGACGCUCUAUCAGUGCAUAACAAAUCGCUCAAGAUUAAACUAACACGACUUGGCGACAAUCAUCAAAGUAUUGCUAUAACAUAUCGCAAUAUUGGACAAGUCUAUAAUGAUCAAGGCAAGCAUGAUGAAGCUCUAUCAAUGUUUAACAAAUCACUCAAGAUUACAAUAAAACAACUUGGCAACAAUCAUCCAAGUAUUGCUAAUACAUAUAACAAAAUUGGACAAGUCUAUAAUAAUCAAGGUAAGUAUGAUGACGCUCUAUCGGUGUAUAACAAAUCACUUAAGAUUACACUAACACGACUUGGCGACAAUCAUCCAAAUAUUACUAAAACAUAUGGCGAUAUUGGACAAGUCUAUAAUGAUCAAGGCAAGUAUGAUGACGCUCUAUCGGUCUAUAACAAAUCGCUUAAGAUUACGCUAACAAAAUUUGAUGAUAAUCAUCCAAGUAUUGCUAAGACAUAUGACAAUAUUGGGCUAGUCUAUAAUAAACAAGGCAAGUAUGAUGACGCUCUAUCAGUGCAUAACAAAUCGCUUAAGAUUAAACUAACACGACUUGGCGACAAUCAUCAAAGUAUUGCUAUAACAUAUCGCAAUAUUGGACAAGUCUAUAAUGAUCAAGGCAAGUAUAAUGAAGCUCUAUCAAUGUUUAACAAAUCACUCAAGAUUACAAUAAAACAACUUGGCAACAAUCAUCCAAGUAUUGCUAAUACAUAUAACAAAAUUGGACAAAUCUAUAAUCGUCAAGGCAAGUAUGAUGACGCUCUAUCAAUACAUAACAAAUCACUUAAGAUUACACUAACACGACUUGGCGACAACCAUCCAAAUAUUGCUAAUACAUAUGGCAGUAUUGGACAAGUCUAUAAUAAUCAAGGCAAGUAUGAUGACGCUCUAUCAGUCUAUAACAAAUCGCUUAAGAUUACACUAACAAAACUUGGUGAUAAUCAUCCAAGUAUUGCUAACACAUAUGACAAUAUUGGGCAAGUCUAUAAUCGUCAAGACAAGUAUGAUGACGCUCUAUCAGUAUAUUACAAAUCACUAAAGAUUAAACUAACACGACUUGGCGACAAUCAUCCAAGUAUUGCUAUGACAUGUAAUAACAUCGGAAAAGUCUGUAGUUAUCAAGGCAAAUAUGAUGAAGCUCUAUCAAUGUUGAACAAAUCACUUAAGAUUAGACUACUACAGCUUGGCCACAAUCAUCCAAGUAUUUCUAUUACAUAUAGCGAUAUUGGACAAGUCUAUAAUCGUCAAAGUAAGUAUGAUGACGCUCUAUCAAUGUUCAAAAAGUCAUUGCAAGUUUCUUUAGUAACACUAGGAGAGAAUCAUCCUCAAACUGCCAGAUUCUAUCGAAACCAAGCUGCAGUCUAUUGUAAACAGUCUAAUUAUCGUCAAGCAAUCUCAUUCUAUCGAAAGUCUAUUAAUUCUCUACGUAAUCUGUACGGAGAGAGUCAUCUUCAAAUUAUCGAGGAUGAAAAACAAAUGAAUCAAUGUUACGAUCAAUUGCAAGGAAAUGAGAAGGAAAUUGCUCCAUUACAAGUAGACAAUAUCGUUCAGCAGCUUUUAGCUCAAUAUACAGAUAAUCAAACAGUCAUCCACGACCGUUGCCUAUCAUCACCAGCAGAAGAAAAUCGACAUUCAAAUCAAUUUGGAACACCAAAAGAUAAUAACAGACAACAAUGCCGCGUAAAAUUUAGCCAACAUGACUAUGAAAACGUAGAUAAAUCGACUAACAAGAAUAUCAGUAAAGAAAAUUACAAAGAUUUAUCUGAUAUCAUUCGUUUUGGCAAACGUAAAGAAUCGAUUCAAUCACAAUUGAUGCGUGAUUACACGUCUCGUAAAAAGAAAAGAAUAGCAAGUGCAGAUGAUGAGUGA